GCUCUCAGGAACAUGGCGAAUCUGUUUGACGUUUACUGCUUUCCUGCUUUGCCAGUUGGUUGGAGAUAAGUCGUGUUCAUGUUCAUCGUGGUUUGUUAUUUUCUCAGUAUGUUAGUGUAUUGUGUGUGAUAAAUAAUUUAUUAUGUAUGGUUGUGUCAAGUGAUUCAAGUUCUCUAAGUAAUUGUUUGCGCUCAAUCUUACGGUGAAUGUUGUGAAAUAUUGUCUGUUGUGAAUAUUGUGUUUGUGAAAUUAGUUUCCUAGUUUGUAUCAAAGUCAUGUUGGUUUGAUGAGAUCUUUUAUCUCAAUUGUCAUGAAUCAAGUUGGGCGAGUAUGUUUUGAAGAAGAUCUGUCCGAGUAACGUUAUGGAUCGAAUCAGCCUGUCCUUUGGAUUGGCCGUUGGAUUUGAAUUUCUAAGGACAUGCAGUAGUUUUCCAGUCAACAAUUACAGAGAUGCUUUGGCCGACGGCAGCACAUGGAUUGGAGUGUCAGUGGCGGUCAGCCUGGCUUUCGCGGUGGUCGGCGUUCUCUUUCUGGCCGGCUGUCUCUGUUGCCGGCGCGAGGCCAAUGGAUUCAAGCCGAAUGAACAGAAAGUGGAUGCUAAGGACAAAGAGGAAUUCCACAACAGCGUGACGAACCUAAGCCAGGCGGGGUUGGGGUUCACAAAUCCGAAUCUACAGCCACCCCCGAACCGGGGCAAUGAGCUGGCCAUAUUCCCGCCUGCAGGGGUGGGGACUGGUCUGGGGGCGGGAGUCACUUUUGAGCCGCUGCCCCAGAGCAUACAGCCGCCUCCCGUGCAGACGCCGACUGUCUACAGUAAGCCGCCCGCGUUCGCCGCCAACCAAACCACCCAACAGCAGCUCGAUAUUGCUGACUGGUUCACAGUGGGCAAGAACGCGAACUUUCCCAGGGAGCAGCUGCAUUAUCUGAGGGAGUAUGGACGGGGCUGGUUUGGCAGGGUUGUGGAAGGCGAAGCGCGGGGCAUGGGCCCGAACGGCGCCAACUGCAAAGUGGUGGUCCGUAUCCUGCGUGAAGACGCCACCGCCUCCGAACAGAAGUUCUUCCUGAACGAGGUGAAGACAUUGCGUGACCUCAGCCAUCCUAACCUGCUCAAACUCGUCGCCACAUGCCUGGACACCGAUCCCUUUCUCAUCUUGUUGGAGUCCUGCAGUAGUGGUGACUUGAAGAGUUUCCUGUGCGGAAAUGUGGCCAGCCGUUCAGCUCUCUGCGAACAGGGCAUUUGUCUGAGGAUGAUGUGUGACGUGGCCAACGGUCUGCAACACAUAUUACAGCAUGGUUUCGUCCAUACAGAUCUGGCUGCUCGAAACUGUCUCGUUACAUCAGAUCUAACAGUGAAAGUUGGCGAUUAUGGAACCAGUAUUGAAAUGUACAAGGAUGAUUACUACAUUGCUGGCGACGUUGCUCUGCCUAUCAGAUGGUGUGCUCCUGAAUCUCUGCAUUGCACUGAUACAACUAUUGAAACCAAACAGGUGACAUCGUGUGCGAACGUGUGGAGCUUUGGCGUGGUGCUGUGGGAGGUGUGUGAGUUCGGUGCGCUGCCCUACACAUCUCUGUCCGACGACCAGGUCAUUGUGCGCGUUCUGGGCAACGAACGCCUCAAGCUAGCCCCGCCAACUCAUCCCUGGCUGCACACUGCUCAUCUAUAUAGUCUAAUGCAGAUGUGCUGGAACGAAGAGGCCACCCGUCCAUCACUAGACCACGUGAUCGCAAUGCUGAGGCACCUGCAGCUCAGUCGCACAGCUGACUCCGACGACAACUUUGAACGGCGCUGGGAAACACUGAAACCAAACACCAUUCCGGUCACCGACAACCGAACCUCCAGUGAAGCACUCACCAUUCGCAGCGACUUCGACUCAGGAGUUGACCUGGACCUGAAGGCGAGCAGCGAUCACGACCUCAAGUCGUCGUCUGUAUCCAAUCUGGAGUCGUCCCGCUUUGACGUCGACGCGUCAAACUCCGACAUUCGGUCGUCGUCCGAGUUCGACCUGAAGUCGUCGUCCCACCUUGACGUUGUCAACUCUUCGUCGUCCGACUUUGACGCUGUGAAGCCAUCGGCUGCUGGCUCCCCGCAACUGUCAGUGGCCAGUAGCUUGGGAGGCGAUUACUUCGCUCACCAAUUGACACGCCAGCUGUCACCCAGCCUCACCAACCUGCGUGGCUCGUUCGAAGAUGUCGCCGCCGUCAUAGUUACUGCUCCGUCCCACAAACCGUCCUUCGAUUUUACUAAUUCUACUACCACUGCAACAAAUAAUGUUAAUGUACUGCAAUCACCUGAUGAUCAGUUUGAUUCGUGGUUGCAAGGUGUUGAUACGACCGACGAGGAGGAGGUGAAGUUUGUGAAGAAUAUUUCGGAAGCGAUCCGUGAUUUGGACAAUCGGCUGGCUAUGGAGAAAACAUCUUCGUCCUCGGAAUCAUCCAGCCGUCACGAGAGUCCACAUAAGGAAGCCAGUGUCCCACAACAGAACCCCGUCCUUGAUUUCCGAUUAGGACCAAUCUCAUCCCGGGAAAGCCGACAGCCAUUGCUGGGUGGACAGUUGGACAGUUUACAGGAGGACAGUUUGUGUGUGAGGAGGGACAGUUCGUCGGACACUGAGGAGGAGACGUGGAGGGGGAGGAUAGAGAGGGGAGAAUUCACCGAGAAAGUUAAGGAGAAGUCAAAGAGUGUGGCAGACUUGAUGAUAUUGACUCACAUAGAGAAUAGUAGCGAUGAGUCUGAUUCACUACCUUCGUUGACUAGACAGUUUUCUAUCGAGAAAAGAGGCGGAGGAGCCAGGUUUGGUGUGGGCAAACAUUUGGCUGUCCCCACCAUGAUGACUUCGAUCGGGUUCGGUAGUGAGGGAAAUAUUAGAGGAGCCGUGUUAGGGGAGGAGUUUCAGGAAUCGUUGAAACUGCUGCAGACGGCGUGGAAGAUGGAGGCCGAGUCACGGCAGACGUCGCUAACUGUCGAUCAGGUGCAGAAUGAGCCGUGUGCUGCAUCCUCAGCCAAUUUGAACGAUGCGGCCAAUUUUUUAGGUGACACAGCCUCGGAAAAAUGUUUAGUUGUAAGAGUGGCAGGGGAGUCUAGUCAUGGAGUGCACGACGAGAAAAUAGUAGAGAGUUGUCUUGUUGCGUUGAAAACGGUGGAAAAUUCUGGUAAGAAUGAUGUGAAUGUUGACGAAAGUGUAGAAAUAAUUGGAAAAUUGAGUAAUGUGGAGGGAGAGGAAAGAUCGAGUGUUGAAAAUUAUUUGAAAGCAGUAGAAAAUGUUUGUGAAAUAGAUGUAAAUAAUGUAAAUAUUGAGGAAAGUGUGGAAAUUGUUGGAAAAGUUAGUGAUGAAAAUGAAGCGUCAAAGGAGAAUACUAGUGUUGUUGAAGAAGGUGAAGUUAAUUCAAGCAAAACAACUAUUAAGGAAACUCAAGAAAUGUUUGCGGUUAUCGAAAAUGAAAUAACUAAGGGUCCAAUCAAAGAAGACGAAGGAAUGGUCCAGAAAUCUGAAGAUGAGGAAGGAAUGAGAACACAAGUUAUCAAAUCUACAAACUCACCUAUUCAAGAUGAUGAAAAGUUUUUGAAGAAAACUGAAAAUAUUAAUGAAGAAGAUGCCGUUCAACGUAUCAACUCUACAAGUGACUUUCUCGUGAAUGAAAGAUUUAGAUCUGAGGAUAUCAUUAAAGAUAUACACUUCUUCCAAACUGUUAGUGAAAUUCAAGAUAAUCAGAAAACUGUCAGUAAUUUGACAAGCCCAGUAAGUAGAGAAGAACCAAAUUUGUCGAAAAUUGGUCUGUCCAAGAGUGAAGGUAAUAUAGGAACUUCUAGUAAUCUUACAACACAAAUAGAUGAACCUGUUAGUAAUUUGUGUGAUAAACAAGUAGAAGAUCAUUCAAUUACUAAAGAUAAUUCUGUUACAUCACUGGAAGCUAGUAACUCACAAAAAUCUUUAGAUCUGGAAAAACUAGAUAAUUAUUCAAAUUCUCAAACUGGCAUUGAUAAAAAUUGUGAAUCAUCUUCUAGGAACAAACGUGAAGCUCCUCAAUUCAAUUAUGAUGAAAAAGAAGAUUCAGUAGAAGCGGAUAAAUUCUUACUUAGUGAUGAAACUGAAGAAAAUUGCUAUCUCUCUCCUACUAUUGAAACUAAUAUGCUGAUGAAGUAUGACAAUGAGCUAUCAGAGAAAUCGAUGAUUGAUGAAUUUAUAUCUAGAGAAAGAGGUGAUGUGAAAUUGGCACCCCAGGAUUCUCCUACAAUUUUUUCACUAAGAACACCCCUUGUGGAAAGCAUUGGAGAAAUCGACUCCCAUAAAAUUCCUGUAGAAAUUGUGAAUAAAAUCGAAGAACCAGUCUUGGAAACUAAAGAAAAUGAUAGUUUAAUCGACGAAAUUAGUAAGAACGAGUUCGAAAUAAUGGACUCCCUACCCGAAUCUGAACGAAUUUACGAAAACGAACUUUCGGAUACAACGAACAAGGAUUCGCCAGAUGACGUAAUUUCCGAUGUAACCUCGUUCGUCCAAUCGCCGAUUGAUAGCAGCAGUGGUCUGCUACAAGAUAACCUAGACUCCAAGGAAACCUCACUAUCAGAGUUGGAGUCUUCUUCUCAAAGCUCCGGGCAAACUAUGACAGUCGUUGAAAAUGAUCCUCUUAGAAACGAAGAGGUUAUUCCGGAAUUGGCUUCCAACUCCGAAGCUUCGGUUGCUAUGAAUGCAAGUGGCAAACUACCAGAAAUUGUAGUUACUGAAGCUCUGGACAUUGAAAAUGUGCAAAUCAAUGUGGAAUCGGAUAGUAAUGUGAAUGCUAACUACGAGUUUAAACCUAGGCGACAGAUUAGGAUUUUGAUUGCCAAUGACAGUUCGGAUGACACCGACAGUGAAAAUGAUUGUGAUGUGUUUGAUGACUCCAAAUCUGCAAUCGUUGUUGGUUCUGCUAGUCAAACAACUACAAAACAGCAACAGGAUGUUGGUGAAGGAGACAUCAAGACAUCUAGUUCUCCUCCCUCUCUCACACAAACAAUACAAGACUAUACUGAUAAUGUUGUGAGGGAGGUGGUUAUCAACAAAAUUGAUCAACAAGAUGAUAAUGAAGGAAAAAUGAAGAAACUAGAUUUAGAAAAAUCGUUCAACACUUCUGACGCCAUCAACAUUUUCAGCCUAGAUGAAGAAGGUAAUGCAGUGGAUAAGUUGAAAGCCAUCAAUGUUGACUUACAAGUAGCCAACGUUGAAGAUACUAAACAAACCGCUUCUAAUUCGAAUAUCAAUGAGUCGUAUUCUGUGAUUUUGGGAUCAUGUGAAGAUUACACAUUAGAUUACUUCAAAGGUCUGAAAACAACAUCUGGGAAACCGGGCACUUUCGAUUCAGACUACUCCACCAACGAAUUGUCAAAGAGUGACAGCGAAAUGGAGGACACUGAUGUCAGUAGCACCGAUCGUGACGACAACAACAUCAACAACUGGGACUCGUUUUUAACCAACUCGUUGAAGGAUAAAGUACUUGAUAAGGAGGAGAAUUUGAACGUGCAGUUUAAUAACGUUCAACAGUUGGAUAGCGUGGGCAGUUCGGAUGUGAACAGUGAUGAUACAGUGGUAGAUGACAAUGAGGAGGAGGAGGAGGAGGAGGAGAGUGAUCGGUUGAACAAGAAGAACUUGGAUUUGAGUCGCGAUAACAACAAUUUCAUCAAUGAGAGAAACUUGAAUAGUAGGUUGUUGGCUAAGGACUACGAGAACCGCAAUAGCAGGAUAAUACAAGAUCGGGUGGUGAUUUUCGAAAACGGCAACGGGUUUCAGGUGAACGAUGACCAGGAUCAGAAGAUGAACGAGAUCAAGAGUCGGUUAGAGGAUGUGGCCAAGCUGUCUGAGGGCUUCCAGUUGAAGAAGAAGGUGGGGGAAGAGGAGGAGGAGGAUGAGGGGAAGUUGUUGACUCCCGAUGAUGAACGAAGCAGUGACUCGGGCUUCCGAGAUAAGGGCAGUCUGAGUGAGAGCGUAGAGGAUGCUUGUGAUGAGAAAUAUAAUUUGGAGGAUAUUGAGGCGGAAUUAGAGGAGGCCUAUACCAAAACUAGCACGGAAUCCAAGUAUUUUUCGUUGCACGAUGAGAAUAGUUCGUCAUCGGGCGAGUUCUCGGCCUUGGCUUCAUUCCCCACCCCUAGCAGCUCCAAAAUGGGGGAGGAGGUUGCUGUGAGGGAGGAAGAAGAGGAGGUGGAGUGUUUGAAGGAGGUUAAAGAGAGUAAAGGUGGGUGGUUUUUGCACCCUCAUCGAGGAGGAGGCUCUACUGAAGAGGAGGACGAUGGCAUGAGUGGUUGGUACCCUUCCCCCGUCACCCCCGAGCUUGUCAAAGAUGAGUCAUCUAGAUCGUUCAGUUUAGAUGAAGAGUUGAAUGCUAUUAGAAACGAGUUACAAGAAAAACUUGCUUGCGCCCAGCAGGUGACCCGGGGGGACAUCGAUGAAGAUAACUCCCCCGAGGAGGAGCAACGAACGGAUAUGGUGAUAGAGUAUGGUAGUUACCCUGCACCUCUGUCCCCCAUCAUGGAGGAACGCGAAAGUGUCAGCUCCAACCAAUCGUCGAUCAUCUUAGACCUGCACAGUAGUAAUGUAUCUACGGGUAGAUCUAGUCCUGUUUUGAUGUUGGACAGGAAUGACAGUUUUGACGAUGAAGAUGAUGAAGCCGGCAGAAAGUUUGAAGAAGACAUUAGAACGGCGUUAGAUUUGUACAGUUCUGACAGUGUUGAGAGUGAUGAAGUGGUGGAUAUCAUUGUGGAGGACUUGGAGGAUAAAGAGGGGACAAGGAAAGUGGUGGAGGGAAAGCAGGAAGAGGAGGAGGAGGAUUUGCUGAUUGUGAACACUGAGACCAACGAGGCUCAACUGUUGGAGAGCCCCAGACCCAAAUCGCAUCUAGCUUUUGUGAAGAAGUCCAAGGUGGACAAGAAUCUGUCCCCUUUGGGUAACACCUACACACCGGACAGUAUCUCUCCCAUAUCUACUGGGUCCUCGCGGACGGGAGUAGCUCUGUCCUUCUCCUCCCCGGACACCGGAGGUAAUCUAUCUAGUUUUCUAUCUCCCUCCAACUCAGAGAACGUGGAUAGUGAUUAUUCGGUGAAUAAUAGUUUGGAUCUAGAUGUGGAAAGGAAGGUGAAAAAUGUGCCAAUUUUUUUCGACCACAAGGAGAUGUUUGACAAGUUAAAGGAGUUGGAGGAAGAGAGUUCGGAUUCGAGUGAGAUGAGCUCUGAGAGAACGAUCAGUGUGCCUGGCAGGAGUGUGCAAGAGUUGGUGAAGGACGAGGAGAAAGGAGAAUCCGAGAAGACGGAAGAAUCGGAAGAGAAAGAAGAAUUAAAAGUGAAUCAGGGUGAAGAAAGAGAGGUGGCUGAUUUAAAAUUAGAUAUCGUUGUUGAAAAUUUGAAUAAAAAUGUUACAAAUCAUGAAGCAGUUCUAAGUGCAAGUUUUAUCAGAGAGGAGUUGAAAAAUUGUGAGAAUUUUAUUGAAAAGGAAGCAAUAUUUCCUACAAGUGAAUCAAAUCAUUUAGAAACAAGUCCUGCUAAGAAUGUUGUUGAAGAAGAACUGAAAAACGGUGAAACUAUUAAUGAAACACAAGAAGUAGAUCAUAUGAGUGGGUUGUCUCAUGUAAAAGCAAGUUCAACUAGCAUUGAUGAAAGAGUAGAUAUGAUAAGUGAUGAAAUUACUAAUGAAACAUGUGUAAUAAAUGGUGUAACGGAAAGAAAUAAUGUAAUUACAAGUCCAACUAAAAACGUCGACAAAGAAGAUUUAAUAACAGUUGAUAGAAAGGAACCAAUAAGUGAUGAGAAGGAAGCAAAUGAUGAAAAAUCUUCAUCUAAGAAUGCUAGUGAAGACAAACUGAAUGAAACAAAUAAUGUAAAAACAAGUUCUUCUAUCAAGGAUGUUAACUCAGUUGAGCUGAUCAAUCACUCAAAUUUUGAGAAACAAGAAUAUACUAAUUCAAUUGAAGUAAUAAUGAAUGGUGGUGAGAUCGUAGAUAAUAGAGAAUUUACUGAUAAUAAAAACGACAAGAAAAUAGAAGACACCUCAAGGGUUGAUGAAAAAGAACUAUUGAUUAAUGGUAUUGAAAGCGAUAAGAAAAUAGAGUUGGAAGCCACCGCUAAAGUGGACAAAAAUGAAUUAUUGGUGACUAAUGAUAAAACCGACAAGAAAAUAGGUUUAGAAACAGAUUUAGUGCUAGAAAAACUCCUGGAAACAAAGGUCAACUCACUUACAGACGACAGAUUGACACCUCAAGAUGAAUGUACCACUGAAGAAUCCAAGGAUUGGUUGAAAUCUGUAUUGCUACCUCUUACAACAAAACCUACAGAAAAACUACAAUCUACGACAAGUUCUAGUACAGUUCUUCCGAAAAAUAGCUGGCCGUCUAGCGACGAGCUAUUCCCUGCAAAGGAAGUUCAAUCUGCUAGUACAGUCCUACCCAAGAGUAGUUGGGGUUAUAACGAUGAAUUUAUCCCUGAAAAAUCGUCCGAAAAAGUACAGUCUACAUUGGCUACUACUUCGAAAACUAGCUGGCCUUCUGGUGAUGAGUUGAUAGCUGAGAAGUUGGCAAGUUGUGAGGGCGUCGAAUGUGAUAAGAAGAAGAUUGAACUGAACUCUACGUUGGCAUUGUUGUCUCCGAAUUUGUCCGUUGGCACAGAUUCAUCGAUGGUAUCUUCGUUUUCGUCGACUCCAACUUUCGAUCACACGAAAGGAAUCGGAGAAAUGUCAUUGAGUAUGUCAUCAACUGAUGGUGAAGAUUCGCAAAGAGUUUUGGUGCCCUCGCUGAAAGCGUUAGCUAGCGAAGUGCUAAGGCUACACAAGAAGGUUCUGAAGCCCAUCUCUGACGAGGCUGUGCUACUGUCGAAGAAGAGUCUGACGCUAGCCCUGGAUUCGUCCGCAGUCUCCAAAGUGCCCAUGCCUUCUCCUGAGGAUGCUGACAAAGGCACGUGGAAGCCGGCAGUUGGGAGUCAGCUGUUGGACUUGACCAGUCAGAGCGAGCAUGACUUGGAGAGUGAUGACCUGAUGACGACAUCGUUCAUUGAUGGUGAUAACGACCAGUACAACCCGGACUGGGAGAGUGAUACGUCCGAUGCAGACUCCGAGGAUCAUUCGUCGUCCAGCGGAGAGUUUAUUUGGAAGGACGGAGAUAGGGAAGAGACUGUGAAAGCAAAAGUUGCCACUUUCUCGCUACAGUCGCAGGACGACAUAGCAGACCAUCAACAUGGUAUGGCCAGGAUUGAUGAGGAGGACGAAGAGGGGGAGGGGGAGGAUGAGGAGAGGAGGGCUGAUUGUGAUGAUGAUGAUGAUGACAACUCUAGCUGUGGCAGUACCACUGAGUUUGUGCCCUCCAUUUGGGACAAAUCAGCCACCCCAACCAAGUCUGCGCUGCGAUUGGCUGCUGAAGAAAGUAAACAGGACUCAUUGAAGAAGAAACGAGUGUGCUUCAAGGAGCAGGAGUAUCACUGCGUGUACGAGUACCCGGGAGAGCCCAGUGACAGCGAAGAUGAUGACCUUGAUGACGUCAUCGAUAAUAGGAAACGCAACUGGGAGACUCCUUCCAAUGUCGACUAUUCUUGUUUUGCUGACUGGGAGCUGGCUGAAGGUGAUUCGGUGACUGACAGAGAUGUCUCCUCGGCUGAGGAUUAUGCUCAGACAAAGGGCGGCAGCAGCAGCAGACAAAAGAAGAACGACUACGACUUCUAUCAACUGGGCGCCGUCGACUAUGAUUUCACACAAAUGACGACAGACGAUGGAGAGUUCUUCAUCAGCAGCUCCGCUCGCCCCUUCCAGGGAUUCUCGGAUGUGAGCAGCAGCGAGUUCUUUCCCGGAGGUCGGCUGCAGCUCGAUGAUGAAGCCAUCCACAAUAAAGCAGAUACAACCGGAGCCACUGAUAACCUCAGCAAGGAAUUUAUCAGCAAUGAAAAGUUGGCACAAAACUAUGCAUCACCCAGCACCACCGGUGAACAGGUGGGGGUUGGGGGACUAAGGCACACAAGGGAGUGGCUCAAGCUUGACCUGCCAGCGACCUUCAGCUCAAGCUCAAGGUCAUCUGACCGUCCGGCCAGUUUUAGCGCGCAUGCAUCAGCUGCACACGAGGCCAAACUAUCCAAAAGUCAGUCGUCCGAUUUUCCAACUACUUCAAGGUCGGCUGACCUUACAACGACUGUACAUUCGUCCGACCUUAAGGUUCAAAAUAAUUCAGAAUCCGACCUCAAGGAAACUCCAAAAUUGUCUGAUCAAUCAGCGAAUAUCAGUUUUAAUUCGUCUGAAGAUUCAACAAACUUUAGUUACAAACCACCCACACUUCAAGCAAAGUCAUCGGCAAUUCCAGAAUCGUCUGAACUACCGUCCAGUUCAAAACCAUCUGAAGAUUUUACAAGUAUUCAUUCAAAACAAUCUGAACUUCAAAAGAAAUCAUAUGACCUUCAAACAAACACUUCUGACUCUCAAACAAAGUUGUCUAGCUUUGAAAUACAAUCAUCCGACCUUCCAGUGAUCUUCAGCUCUCAAUUGUCAGCUGUUGAGUAAUCUUAAGUGUCAGAAGCUCUAGAAACUGACUUUUGCCAAACGUUGCGGUUAGUUUGAAGACGACUGUGGAGGAAGGCAGUCAACUAGAUGUUGCUUAGACUGGUUGCUGCUGAGAGUAUACCACAUGUAUUAGUUGUCUAGAGAGAGACAGAUUGCCAGAUCAGUUCCAGUACACUAGAAAAAAAUGUGCAGUUUCCUGGUAGUCUACUGGAAAGAACUAUGAACCAAAAUGAAAUUUGUCUAUGAGAAUGAAAAAUAUGAUAGCUAGACUACCUAGUCUAUGAGAGUGAACUAGACCAUCAUUCACCAUAGAUUAGGUGAAGUUUUUAAAUAUGGCAAAUUUGUAGAAUAGUUUGCGGAUAUACAUUAUUCAGCAAAACCCUCGUAGUGGGCCUAAAGUUGAAGGUUUACAGAAUUUUUUAACAGUAAUCUAUGUCAAUGUUGGUUAAAAUAAGGGCCACUAGUAAAACUAUAGUCUGAAAGUGAAAUACGGUAGUCUGAAGGUAAACUUAAGGUUUGAACAGGAGUAGUCUAAAUCAAUGAUUAUUUAAAAAUAACCUGAAGGUGAAAUUGAGAUUUGACUAGGAGUAGUAGUCAUGAUCAAUAACUAUCUCAGAGUUAGUCCGAAGGUGAACAUAAGGCUUAACUAAGAGUUGCAGCCUAAAUAAAUGAGAAUUUUACAAUCAACUCAAUGAAUAUUUCUUAGAAUGAUAUCCAUUAGUGUUACAUCCUGGGGAAAAAUAUUAAUAUUUGGGUAUUAGUGUGAUUUUACUUGUGUAGAAUUAAUGUAAGUCUCAAAGUGAACUUCAUAAUAUAGCCUAUUUGAAGUAAACUUUUUGAAGUUUUUAAUUAAAACUUCAUGAGAUCUACUCGAUUUUGACCAUAGAAUAAACUUCAAAUUUGCCUUGAAGUAAACGUAAUGGAUAUUAAUUCGAAAUUAAUGUUCAAAUUCAUGAGGCGGACUUUAUAUUGAUCUUAAUGUAAACUUUAAAUGAGCCUUGAGGUAAACAUGAUGAGUAUAUUAAUUUGUACUUUAAGUUGACUUAUUGUCAAGUCGUGAAGGUCAUCUUGAAGUGUGAAAUAUUGGAAAGGAGGGCAAUCAAAUUGAUGUCGAGUUAUAGAAUAGUCCCCACAAUUUAUGGUCAAUUAAUUAUGCUAUUUUGCAAGUCUACGUUAUUAUUGUAGAUGGUUGAAGAGAUUUCCUACUAUAAAUUUUUACCUAAUUCUGUACAAGUUUGGUGAUGAUCAGUUCACGUAAUUUGUUUCCAUUGUAAAGUAUUUUCUCAAUUCAUGGCAUAGGCUAUAAGUGUUUAUUUGUCUGUUCAUUUAUCUAUUAUUCUAUAUUUUGUUAUUUUGUGUGUUUUGUAUGUUCUAAGUUGAAUAUUGGAAAAACGUAUGUUUUUGUCGUCUUUAUUAAGGUGCUCGGUGGAUAAAAAAAUUAUAUUUUCAAAAAAAAAUUACUGCUAUCUAGGAUGAUCAGUAUUACUAAGAUAUCAACCAAAAUUAAAGAAUCUACUUUAAUUAUAUUUAUUUAAUCAGCUUUGGAAUUAGUUUACAAUUUGAAUGUAUUCUUUAUUAUGCAAAAUAAUAGCAAAGUGUUAUUUGAGUCUUUGUUUUAUCAAUUAUUGAAUCAAUUUAUUAUAACAUUGUCUUUAUAGUUUUGAUAUCCUUCAGUUGGCUUUACCAAUAUUUUCCUGAAUAAAUCAAUUCCAAUUGAAUCAAUUACGUCAACUGACUUCACAAGCCUGUGUAGAUAAUUUUAAGAUUAAUAUUCCAUUCUAUUCCCUUGUCUUGUGAUAUAUUUCUUAUGUAUUAAUAUCGUGACUAUCGUUUAAUACUUGUAAGAUGUUAAGUACAAUGUAAUUUUAAAACUGAUUUGUAAUUCUAGCUGUAUAGGAGACCCAUUGGAUUUUUGUAUUUUCAACGUAAUUAUUAAUCAUAAUAACUUGAAGUGUAUAUUCGGCAGUACACAUAAUUUGGAUAUUUGGAUUACAUUAAUGUGUUGUAAACUCGUGUAAUUUUAUCAUAAUGGUAAUAAGUUAUUGGUUUUAAUUCAAUUCUAUGUAUAUUAUUUUAGUUAAUCUUUUAUGUUAUUUAUACGUAAAUUUUAAUCCCCAAUCUUGAAAUCUUGAGAAUGUGGUUUUGAUUAUGCGUUGUUGUCUUGUAGUUUUUUAAUGCUCUUCAAAAACCACAUAAUAUUUGUACUCUAUAAAUUGAUGAGGUUAUUUAUCCAUAAAAUGUAAUCUACUUGUGAAAAUGUGGUUUCUGACUAUUUUAUGUGUUUUUCAAGCAUCACAUCUUUUUGUCAAUUGCUUUUGUUCGAUCACACUAGUGUUAAUUUGCAACUUUUAUGAACAUUGAUUGUGCAAUAAUUUAAUAAGCUUGGACUAGAUCUCGAUCAUAAAAUUCAGAUCCUAACAGUAUUAAAAGCAAAAAAUUCUUCAAACUUUGAGUUGACUUUUUAAUCAAUAAAUGGAAAUUGAAUCCGAUCAUUACACUAGUACAAUAUGAGAAAGAAAUUAUAGGACUGAAAUUUAUUAAUUCCAAUGUUACUUUUAAUUGUAAUUAGAAGUAAAGUUUGUAAAAUAUUCUAGUAAUUCUUCAAAUUUUCAAUCAAACUUGUCCUACUAAUCCCAUUCAUGCUUGUACUUUAUACUGCAGACCGUGAUGGUUCUACUUUAUAAGUACACUUUUUCUCCCUUAUAACCAUUUAGUAUAUUUUAGAUUAGACAGUCACUAUAAUAAUAUCAAACUAUCGCAAAUUUUGUACAGAUCUAAAACAACAAUUAGUGAUAACUAUUAUUAAUUUCACGUUUUUAUUAAUUGUUUAUUGUGUUAAAUUUUAAAUUGUCAAGUGAAUAUGUUGGGUGGUGAAAUUUGUAGUCGUGAUUUUAUUCCUUGUGAUAAUUUAAUCGUUUCAUUAAUACUGUCAUGUGUAUAAAAAACUUAUCACAUUAGUUCGUAAUUAUUGUAAAAUAUUAAUAAAUUAUUAUUAUUUUUAAUGUUGAA